CAAGCUCAAACAGCUACAUCACAAGAGGAGAGUCAACAUCAUUUAGCACAGCAGAAACUAUCAACAUGGAGCCUGCAAUAACAACAGGCGAUUUAUCAGAAUCAUCUUCAACCAUAGACAAGACAAUGCUUCCAACUUCACCUACAUUUAGUUCCACUGCAGGUGUAGAAGAAACUUACAGCCAUGCACCAAAAACCACCCCAUCAGAGUACACAGCCCUCCCAAUAAUAAAAGCUACAAUUGACACUUCUGCAGAGUUAUUAACAAAAGAGCCAUCUUCUUCUAUAACUGCCACAACUUUGGAAACAGCAGAAACAACUUCACAAUCAGAACCAAUGACGACGGUGGACUUUUCAAAUGCAGUGCAGGAAUCAACAGCUCUGUCAUCCAUGCCAACUGACCCACCUGACACAAGUGCUCAGUUUAGUAUGUCAACCCAAGCUAUGACUGAAACUCAAAGAGAAACAAGAACGGAAACUGAUUUUUCAACAAUUAAGACCACAGACAUUGAUUCCACAGCAGUAAAUGACCCUUCAUCGUCCAUGCAAACACUGAUUUCUCAGGCUUCAGCAACACUUUCAGUAACUUCAGAUGUGGGAAAAUCAACAGAAACAUCAGAAGGAAGAACUUCAGCCCAAUCAGACAUAAAUAAUACAGACCUUCCUGCAAUAAUCUCAACUGCUGAACCAUCAAUAUCAACAUCCUUCAGUUCCACAAGCUCAAACAGCUACAUCACAAGAGGAGAGUCAACAUCAUUUAGCACAGCAGAAACUAUCAACAUGGAGCCUGCAAUAACAACAGGCGAUUUAUCAGAAUCAUCUUCAACCAUAGACAAGACAAUGCUUCCAACUUCACCUACAUUUAGUUCCACUGCAGGUGUAGAAGAAACUUACAGCCAUGCACCAAAAACCACCCCAUCAGAGUACACAGCCCUCCCAAUAAUAAAAGCUACAAUUGACACUUCUGCAGAGUUAUUAACAAAAGAGCCAUCUUCUUCUAUAACUGCCACAACUUUGGAAACAGCAGAAACAACUUCACAAUCAGAACCAAUGACGACGGUGGACUUUUCUAAUGCAGUGCAGGAAUCAACAGCUCUGUCAUCCAUGCCAACUGACCCACCUGACACAAGUGCUCAGUUUAGUAUGUCAACCCAAGCUAUGACUGAAACUCAAAGAGAAACAAGAACGGAAACUGAUUUUUCAACAAUUAAGACUACAGACAUUGAUUCCACAGCAGUAAAUGACCCUUCAUCGUCCAUGCAAACACUGAUUUCUCAGGCUUCAGCAACACUUUCAGUAACUUCAGAUGUGGGAAAAUCAACAGAAACAUCAGAAGGAAGAACUUCAGCCCAAUCAGACAUAAAUAAUACAGACCAUCCUGCAAUAAUCUCAACUGCUGAACCAUCACAAUCAACAACCUUCAGUUCCACAAGCUCAAACAGCUACAUCACAACAGGAGAGUCAACAUCAUUUAGCACAGCAGAAACUAUCAACAUGGAGCCUGCAAUAACAACAGGCGAUUUAUCAGAAUCAUCUUCAACCAUAGACAAGACAAUGCUUCCAACUUCACCUACAUUUAGUUCCACUGCAGGCGUAGAAGAAACUUACAGUCAUGCACCGAAAACCACCCCAUCAGACUACACAGCCCUCCCAAUACAAAAAGCUACAACUGACACUUCUGCAGAGUUAUUAACAAAAGAGCCAUCUUCUUCUAUGACUGCCACAACUUUGGAAACAGCAGAAACAACUUCACAAUCAGAACCAAUGACGACGGUGGACUUUUCAAAUGCAAUGCAGGAAUCAACAGCUCUGUCAUCCAUGCCAACUGACCCACCUGACACAAGUGCUCAGUUUAGUAUGUCAAGCCAAGCUAUGACUGAAACACAAAGAGAAACAAGAACGGAAACUGAUUUUUCAACAAUUAAGACUACAGACAUUGAUUCCACAGCUGUAAAUGACCCUUCAUCGUCCAUGCAAACACUGAUUUCUCAGGCUUCAGCAACACUUUCAGUAACUUCAGAUGUGGGAAAAUCAACAGAAACAUCAGAAGGAAGAACUUCAGCCCAAUCAGACAUAAAUAAUACAGACCUUCCUGCAAUAAUCUCAACUGCUGAACCAUCACAAUCAACAUCCUUCAGUUCCACAAGCUCAAACAGCUACAUCACAACAGGAGAGUCAACAUCAUUUAGCACAGCAGAAACUAUCAACAUGGAGCCUGCAAUAACAACAGGCGAUUUAUCAGAAUCAUCUUCAACCAUAGACAAGACAAUGCUUCCAACUUCACCUACAUUUAGUUCCACUGCAGGCGUAGAAGAAACUUACAGCCAUGCAUCAAAAACCACCCCAUCAGAGUACACAGCCCUCCCAAUAAUAAAAGCUACAAUUGACACUUCUGCAGAGUUAUUAACAAAAGAGCCAUCUUCUUCUAUAACUGCCACAACUUUGGAAACAGCAGAAACAACUUCACAAUCAGAACCAAUGACGACGGUGGACUUUUCAAAUGCAAUGCAGGAAUCAACAGCUCUGUCAUCCAUGCCAACUGACCCACCUGACACAAGUGCUCAGUUUAGUAUGUCAAGCCAAGCUAUGACUGAAACACAAAGAGAAACAAGAACGGAAACUGAUUUUUCAACAAUUAAGACUACAGACAUUGAUUCCACAGCUGUAAAUGACCCUUCAUCGUCCAUGCAAACACUGAUUUCUCAGGCUUCAGCAACACUUUCAGUAACUUCAGAUGUGGGAAAAUCAACAGAAACAUCAGAAGGAAGAACUUCAGCCCAAUCAGACAUAAAUAAUACAGACCUUCCUGCAAUAAUCUCAACUGCUGAACCAUCACAAUCAACAUCCUUCAGUUCCACAAGCUCAAACAGCUACAUCACAACAGGAGAGUCAACAUCAUUUAGCACAGCAGAAACUAUCAACAUGGAGCCUGCAAUAACAACAGGCGAUUUAUCAGAAUCAUCUUCAACCAUAGACAAGACAAUGCUUCCAACUUCACCUACAUUUAGUUCCACUGCAGGCGUAGAAGAAACUUACAGUCAUGCACCGAAAACCACCCCAUCAGACUACACAGCCCUCCCAAUACUAAAAGCUACAACUGACACUUCUGCAGAGUUAUUAACAAAAGAGCCAUCUUCUUCUAUAACUGCCACAACUUUGGAAACAGCAGAAACAACUUCACAAUCAGAACCAAUGACGACGGUGGACUUUUCAAAUGCAGUGCAGGAAUCAACAGCUCUGUCAUCCAUGCCAACUGACCCACCUGACACAAGUGCUCAGUUUAGUAUGUCAAGCCAAGCUAUGACUGAAACACAAAGAGAAACAAGAACGGAAACUGAUUUUUCAACAAUUAAGACUACAGACAUUGAUUCCACAGCUGUAAAUGACCCUUCAUCGUCCAUGCAAACACUGAUUUCUCAGGCUUCAGCAACACUUUCAGUAACUUCAGAUGUGGGAAAAUCAACAGAAACAUCAGAAGGAAGAACUUCAGCCCAAUCAGACAUAAAUAAUACAGACCUUCCUGCAAUAAUCUCAACUGCUGAACCAUCACAAUCAACAUCCUUCAGUUCCACAAGCUCAAACAGCUACAUCACAAGAGGAGAGUCAACAUCAUUUAGCACAGCAGAAACUAUCAACAUGGAGCCUGCAAUAACAACAGGCGAUUUAUCAGAAUCAUCUUCAACCAUAGACAAGACAAUGCUUCCAACUUCACCUACAUUUAGUUCCACUGCAGGCGUAGAAGAAACUUACAGCCAUGCACCAAAAACCACCCCAUCAGAGUACACAGCCCUCCCAAUAAUAAAAGCUACAAUUGACACUUCUGCAGAGUUAUUAACAAAAGAGCCAUCUUCUUCUAUAACUGCCACAACUUUGGAAACAGCAGAAACAACUUCACAAUCAGAACCAAUGACGACGGUGGACUUUUCUAAUGCAGUGCAGGAAUCAACAGCUCUGUCAUCCAUGCCAACUGACCCACCUGACACAAGUGCUCAGUUUAGUAUGUCAACCCAAGCUAUGACUGAAACUCAAAGAGAAACAAGAACGGAAACUGAUUUUUCAACAAUUAAGACUACAGACAUUGAUUCCACAGCAGUAAAUGACCCUUCAUCGUCCAUGCAAACACUGAUUUCUCAGGCUUCAGCAACACUUUCAGUAACUUCAGAUGUGGGAAAAUCAACAGAAACAUCAGAAGGAAGAACUUCAGCCCAAUCAGACAUAAAUAAUACAGACCAUCCUGCAAUAAUCUCAACUGCUGAACCAUCACAAUCAACAACCUUCAGUUCCACAAGCUCAAACAGCUACAUCACAACAGGAGAGUCAACAUCAUUUAGCACAGCAGAAACUAUCAACAUGGAGCCUGCAAUAACAACAGGCGAUUUAUCAGAAUCAUCUUCAACCAUAGACAAGACAAUGCUUCCAACUUCACCUACAUUUAGUUCCACUGCAGGCGUAGAAGAAACUUACAGUCAUGCACCGAAAACCACCCCAUCAGACUACACAGCCCUCCCAAUACAAAAAGCUACAACUGACACUUCUGCAGAGUUAUUAACAAAAGAGCCAUCUUCUUCUAUAACUGCCACAACUUUGGAAACAGCAGAAACAACUUCACAAUCAGAACCAAUGACGACGGUGGACUUUUCAAAUGCAGUGCAGGAAUCAACAGCUCUGUCAUCCAUGCCAACUGACCCACCUGACACAAGUGCUCAGUUUAGUAUGUCAAGCCAAGCUAUGACUGAAACACAAAGAGAAACAAGAACGGAAACUGAUUUUUCAACAAUUAAGACUACAGACAUUGAUUCCACAGCUGUAAAUGACCCUUCAUCGUCCAUGCAAACACUGAUUUCUCAGGCUUCAGCAACACUUUCAGUAACUUCAGAUGUGGGAAAAUCAACAGAAACAUCAGAAGGAAGAAGUUCAGCCCAAUCAGACAUAAAUAAUACAGACCUUCCUGCAAUAAUCUCAACUGCUGAACCAUCACAAUCAACAUCCUUCAGUUCCACAAGCUCAAACAGCUACAUCACAACAGGAGAGUCAACAUCAUUUAGCACAGCAGAAACUAUCAACAUGGAGCCUGCAAUAACAACAGGCGAUUUAUCAGAAUCAUCUUCAACCAUAGACAAGACAAUGCUUCCAACUUCACCUACAUUUAGUUCCACUGCAGGCGUAGAAGAAACUUACAGUCAUGCACCGAAAACCACCCCAUCAGACUACACAGCCCUCCCAAUACAAAAAGCUACAACUGACACUUCUGCAGAGUUAUUAACAAAAGAGCCAUCUUCUUCUAUAACUGCCACAACUUUGGAAACAGCAGAAACAACUUCACAAUCAGAACCAAUGACGACGGUGGACUUUUCAAAUGCAGUGCAGGAAUCAACAGCUCUGUCAUCCAUGCCAACUGACCCACCUGACACAAGUGCUCAGUUUAGUAUGUCAACCCAAGCUAUGACUGAAACACAAAGAGAAACAAGAACGGAAACUGAUUUUUCAACAAUUAAGACUACAGACAUUGAUUCCACAGCUGUAAAUGACCCUUCAUCGUCCAUGCAAACACUGAUUUCUCAGGCUUCAGCAACACUUUCAGUAACUUCAGAUGUGGGAAAAUCAACAGAAACAUCAGAAGGAAGAACUUCAGCCCAAUCAGACAUAAAUAAUACAGACCUUCCUGCAAUAAUCUCAACUGCUGAACCAUCACAAUCAACAUCCUUCAGUUCCACAAGCUCAAACAGCUACAUCACAACAGGAGAGUCAACAUCAUUUAGCACAGCAGAAACUAUCAACAUGGAGCCUGCAAUAACAACAGGCGAUUUAUCAGAAUCAUCUUCAACCAUAGACAAGACAAUGCUUCCAACUUCACCUACAUUUAGUUCCACUGCAGGCGUAGAAGAAACUUACAGUCAUGCACCGAAAACCACCCCAUCAGACUACACAGCCCUCCCAAUACAAAAAGCUACAACUGACACUUCUGCAGAGUUAUUAACAAAAGAGCCAUCUUCUUCUAUAACUGCCACAACUUUGGAAACAGCAGAAACAACUUCACAAUCAGAACCAAUGACGACGGUGGACUUUUCAAAUGCAGUGCAGGAAUCAACAGCUCUGUCAUCCAUGCCAACUGACCCACCUGACACAAGUGCUCAGUUUAGUAUGUCAACCCAAGCUAUGACUGAAACACAAAGAGAAACAAGAACGGAAACUGAUUUUUCAACAAUUAAGACUACAGACAUUGAUUCCACAUCUGUAAAUGACCCUUCAUCGUCCAUGCAAACACUGAUUUCUCAGGCUUCAGCAACACUUUCAGUAACUUCAGAUGUGGGAAAAUCAACAGAAACAUCAGAAGGAAGAACUUCAGCCCAAUCAGACAUAAAUAAUACAGACCUUCCUGCAAUAAUCUCAACUGCUGAACCAUCAAUAUCAACAUCCUUCAGUUCCACAAGCUCAAACAGCUACAUCACAAGAGGAGAGUCAACAUCAUUUAGCACAGCAGAAACUAUCAACAUGGAGCCUGCAAUAACAACAGGCGAUUUAUCAGAAUCAUCUUCAACCAUAGACAAGACAAUGCUUCCAACUUCACCUACAUUUAGUUCCACUGCAGGUGUAGAAGAAACUUACAGCCAUGCACCAAAAACCACCCCAUCAGAGUACACAGCCCUCCCAAUAAUAAAAGCUACAAUUGACACUUCUGCAGAGUUAUUAACAAAAGAGCCAUCUUCUUCUAUAACUGCCACAACUUUGGAAACAGCAGAAACAACUUCACAAUCAGAACCAAUGACGACGGUGGACUUUUCAAAUGCAGUGCAGGAAUCAACAGCUCUGUCAUCCAUGCCAACUGACCCACCUGACACAAGUGCUCAGUUUAGUAUGUCAACCCAAGCUAUGACUGAAACUCAAAGAGAAACAAGAACGGAAACUGAUUUUUCAACAAUUAAGACUACAGACAUUGAUUCCACAGCAGUAAAUGACCCUUCAUCGUCCAUGCAAACACUGAUUUCUCAGGCUUCAGCAACACUUUCAGUAACUUCAGAUGUGGGAAAAUCAACAGAAACAUCAGAAGGAAGAACUUCAGCCCAAUCAGACAUAAAUAAUACAGACCAUCCUGCAAUAAUCUCAACUGCUGAACCAUCACAAUCAACAACCUUCAGUUCCACAAGCUCAAACAGCUACAUCACAACAGGAGAGUCAACAUCAUUUAGCACAGCAGAAACUAUCAACAUGGAGCCUGCAAUAACAACAGGCGAUUUAUCAGAAUCAUCUUCAACCAUAGACAAGACAAUGCUUCCAACUUCACCUACAUUUAGUUCCACUGCAGGCGUAGAAGAAACUUACAGUCAUGCACCGAAAACCACCCCAUCAGACUACACAGCCCUCCCAAUACAAAAAGCUACAACUGACACUUCUGCAGAGUUAUUAACAAAAGAGCCAUCUUCUUCUAUAACUGCCACAACUUUGGAAACAGCAGAAACAACUUCACAAUCAGAACUAAUGACGACGGUGGACUUUUCAAAUGCAGUGCAGGAAUCAACAGCUCUGUCAUCCAUGCCAACUGACCCACCUGACACAAGUGCUCAGUUUAGUAUGUCAAGCCAAGCUAUGACUGAAACACAAAGAGAAACAAGAACGGAAACUGAUUUUUCAACAAUUAAGACUACAGACAUUGAUUCCACAGCUGUAAAUGACCCUUCAUCGUCCAUGCAAACACUGAUUUCUCAGGCUUCAGCAACACUUUCAGUAACUUCAGAUGUGGGAAAAUCAACAGAAACAUCAGAAGGAAGAACUUCAGCCCAAUCAGAUAUAAAUAAUACAGACCUUCCUGCAAUAAUCUCAACUGCUGAACCAUCACAAUCAACAACCUUCAGUUCCACAAGCUCAAACAGCUACAUCACAACAGGAGAGUCAACAUCAUUUAGCACAGCAGAAACUAUCAACAUGGAGCCUGCAAUAACAACAGGCGAUUUAUCAGAAUCAUCUUCAACCAUAGACAAGACAAUGCUUCCAACUUCACCUACAUUUAGUUCCACUGCAGGCGUAGAAGAAACUUACAGUCAUGCACCAACAACCACCCCAUCAGACUACACAGCCCUCCCAAUACUAAAAGCUACAACUGACACUUCUGCAGAGUUAUUAACAAAAGAGCCAUCUUCCUCUCUAACUGCCACAACUUUGGAAACAGCAGAAACAACUUCACAAUCAGAACCAAUGACGACGGUGGACUUUUCAAAUGCAGUGCAGGAAUCAACAGCUCUGUCAUCCAUGCCAACUGACCAACCUGACACAAGUGCUCAGUUUAGUAUGUCAACCCAAGCUAUGACUGAAAAACAAAGAGAAACAAGAACAGAAACUGAUUUUUCAACAAUUAAGACUACAGACAUUAAUUCCACAGCUGUAAAUGACCCUUCAUCGUCCAUGCAAACACUGAUUUCUCAGGCGUCAGCAACACUUUCAGUAACUUCAGAUGUGGGAAAAUCAACAGAAACAUCAGAAGGAAGAACUUCAGCCCAAUCAGAUAUAAAUAAUACAGACCUUCCUGCAAUAAUCUCAACUGCUGAACCAUCACAAUCAACAUCCUUCAGUUCCACAAGCUCAAACAGCUACAUCACAACAGGAGAGUCAACAUCAUUUAGCACAGCAGAAACUAUCAACAUGGAGCCUGCAAUAACAACAGGCGAUUCAUCAGAAUCAUCUUCAACCAUAGACAAGACAAUGCUUCCAACUUCACCUACAUUUAGUUCCACUGCAGGCGUAGAAGAAACUUACAGUCAUGCACCGAAAACCACCCCAUCAGACUACACAGCCCUCCCAAUACUAAAAGCUACAACUGACACUUCUGCAGAGUUAUUAACAAAAGAGCCAUCUUCUUCUAUAACUGCCACAACUUUGGAAACAGCAGAAACAACUUCACAUUCAAAACCAAUCACGACGGCGGACUUUUCAAAUGCAGUGCAGGAAUCAACAGCUCUGUCAUCCUUGCCAACUGACCCAUCUGACUCAAGUGCUCAGUUUAGUAUGUCAACCCAAGCUAUGACUGAAACACAAAGAGAAACAAGAACGAAAACUGAUUUUUCAACAAUUAAGACGACUGACAUUGAUUCCACAGCUGUAAAUGACCCUUCAUCAUCCAUGCAAACACUGAUUUCUCAGGCUUCAGCAACACUUUCAGUAACUUCAGAUGUGGGAAAAUCAACAGAAACAUCAGAAGGAACAACUUCAGCCCAAUCAGAUGUAAAUAAUACAGACAAAAUCUCAACUGCUGAACCAUCACAAUCAACAUCCUUCAGUUCCACUAGCUCAAACGGCUACAUCAGAACAGGAGAGUCAACAUCAUUUAGCACAGCAGAAACUAUCAAUAUGGUGCCCUCAAUAACAACAGGCGAUUUAUCAGAAUCAUCUUCAACCAUAGACAAGACAAUGCUUCCAACUUCACCUACAUUUAGUUCCACUGCAGGUGUAGAAGAAACUUACAGCCAUGCACCAAAAACCACCCCAUCAGAGUACACAGCCCUCCCAAUAAUAAAAGCUACAAUUGACACUUCUGCAGAGUUAUUAACAAAAGAGCCAUCUUCCUCUAUAACUGCCACAACUUUGGAAACAGCAGAAACAAUUUCACAAUCAGAACCAAUGACGACGGUGGACUUUUCAAAUGCAGUGCAGGAAUCAAUAGCUCUGUCAUCCAUGCCAACUGACCCACCUGACACAAUUGCUCAGUUAAGUAUGUCAACCCAAGCUAUGACUGAAAAACAAAGAGAAACAAAAAUAGAAACUGAUUUUUCAACAAUAAAGACUACAUACAUUGAUUCCACAUCUAUUAGUAAAUAUCCAUCAACUAUGAAAACACUAAUUUCUCAGCCUUCAUCAACAUUUGCAGUAACGUCAGAUGUGGGAAAAUCAACAGAAACAUCAAAAACAACUUCAACCCAGUCAGAUACAAAUAAUACAGACCUUCCUGCAACAAUCUCAACUGCUGAACCAUCACGAUCAACAUCCUUCAGUUCCACAAGCUCAACCAUCUACAUCACAACAGGAGGGUCAUUAUCAUUUAGUACAGAGGAAUUUGCCAACAUGGAGUCCUCUGUAACAACAUCAGAUUUCUCCGAAUCAUCUUCACCCAUUGACAUGACAAUACUUCCAACUUCACCUACAUCUAGUUCCACUGGAGGCAGAGAAACAACUCACAGACAUGCAGCAACCACCAUCGCAUCAGAUUAUACAGCUCUUUCUACUGACACUUCCAUCAAGUUUACAACAAAAAAGUCCUCCUUUUCAAUGCCUACCACAGGUGUUGAAACAGAAGAAACACCUUCACAAACAGGCCCACAGACGUCAAUUGCAGUUUCAAUCACAGUGCAGGAAUCUACAGCUCUGUCAUCAAUGCGAACUGACCCAUUUGACCAAAGUAUGCAGUACAGUACUUUUAACCCAGCUAUGACUGACGCACAAACUGAAACAAGUAUAACGACUGAUUUUUCUACAAUUGAGACCACAGAAUUGGAUUCCACAUCUAUUAGUAACCCUUUAUUAUCUAUGCCAACAUUCAUUUUUCAGUCUACAGCCACAAUUGCUGUAUCCACAGAUGUGGAGAAAUCAACAGAAACAUCAGAUGGAACAAUUUCAACCCUGUCAGAUAUACUUAUUACAAAGGCUUCAGACCUUCAGCCCCCUUCAGACAGCACAAUGCUUCCAACUUCUCUGCCAGCAAGCACCACUACAGCAGUAGAAACAGCUUCCAGCCUAGCACUGACUACCACCUUGUCAAAUGAGACUGCUCGUACAAAGGUAACUGCUACAUCUGAAAUCUUCCACACAGCAGAAACUACAUACAUGUUGCCCUCAGUUACAACAGAAGACAUUCCUUCGCAAUUUGCAACAGUGGAAACAACUUCACAGAGAGAACCAAUGAUAUCUCUGACAUCUUCAAUCACCAUGAAGCCUUCAACACCCAUAGUUUCUACAACUUCUGUACUUAGUACCCCACAGCUGAAUAUAAAUGAACCACAAACCACAAAAUGGCCAUCCACUACUCCACAAGCGACAAAAAACAGUACUUCCCAGUUUACACUUUUAGAAACUGAGAAGACACUUAAUUCCUCACAUUUUACUUCCCCCGCAGAGAUAACCUUUUCCUCUGGUGAUUUUACUGUAAAUUCCCAUUCAACUUCAACUUUUCCUAUGUCUGCAAGCAGUCAAACAUCUGCACAUUCUGAAGUUAAUUUCACAAAGCAGCCAACCCUUACAUCAGCAUCAACACGAGCUAAUUUUGUCCCCAGUACAGACCAAAACUUGAAAGCCACUGUCAUCAGUUCAGCAAGCUCAUCCAGCUAUACCACAAAAGGAAUGCCUGUUUCUUCGUCCAAAACCAACAAACCCUCGGCUACAACAGUGGGAGCUUUGACUACUAUUUUUAGAACUGUUAGUUCCACAUCUCUAUCAAAAACCACUCCUGCAGUUACCACAAAAGGAACUACAGGAACAUCUAGCACAUCAGCUCGUGUCACAACUAAGAAAACAACUGUUGCUUCUACUACAUUAUGUGAGGGCAGCAGAGUAACUCAUAUCAGGAUUGAAGGACUUGAUAGCAAGGAGAUUAGUGUGAGUUGGAAUGGUGACAACCUUAGACCAGAGAUGAAGUACGUCGUGAAGCUCAAACAGGGUCCCAACACAAGUGAAGUCACAAAUGUGUCAACUGUGAAGAAAGCACAAUUUACUGAUCUGCUCCCGGGAGUAACAUAUACGGUCACCAUAGAAUAUUUUUCUUGUAGUAAUAAGGAAGAAAUUAAGAGAAAUAUUACCACAGCUGCAAAUAUAUACGAGUCAUCCACCAGAAUUCCAGACAUUGAGUUUCUUCCCGAAUACGACAACCAUUCAAGCCCACAAUUUCAAACCCUUGUCUCACAUUUCAAAGAGGAGAUCACAAAAAACCUUCCCAGAGAUUACCAGGAUUUAAUUAAAGAAAAUAACAUGAGGGUUGUCGUGACAAAAAUCCGCAGAGGAAGUGUGAUUAUUGAAUUCGAUUUAUUGACAAAUACCAAGAUUGAUCUGCAGACAUCCACUGUAGAAAAAAAUAUUAUUAAUGCCUUGAACACGUCUACACUUAAAGUUGAUUUGGACCAAACAACCGUCAGAGAGGCAGAUGCUUGUCAAAGAAGUAGUGAUUUGUGCUCGGAAAAUGGUAUUUGCACAAAAGUUGGGCCUUCAUACACAUGCAAGUGUAAGGCAGAAUUCGUAGACCAGAACCCAAGUUUACCUGGAACUGACUGCCAAAAACAAGCUUUGAUAACAAUCUCUCCAACAUCUCGCCAAACCACAAGUGGGAAAGAUAACUGUGAAGGUGUGUGUUCCUCUCUUGCUGAGUGCACGGCCAUUCAUUCUGGCACGUAUGGAUGCCAAUGCUACGCUGGCCUCAUCGAUGUUAACCCUUCAAACCCUGGGAAGCUAUGCAGAGAGCCUUUUGACUGUUUCAGAGAAGAAACCAAUUUGUGUUCACCCAGCAAUACAUGCCUUCGGCCACAGUCUGUUUGUUCUCGCAAGAACCUGUUCAAGGCUACAGUGGAAUUAAAAUCAUGGCUAUACAGUCCUGCCCUUUACAACACUGAAAGUCAAGACUGGAUCAGUGUUUCAACAAAUUUUACCAUUACCGUUAUUAACAAAAUGAGAACCUUGCUGUUGGACGAGUCCUUUGACUUGACAGUUGUGGGGUUCAAGAAAGGAAGCGUGGUGGUCCAGAUGGUGUUUGGCUUUAAUGGCGGCAGCCACCUGAAUGUGCCAACCUUGGAAACAGCCCUACAGGACGUUGUCCGUGCAAAUCUGGACAAACUUGCUGUGGUAACCCUGGAAGAACUUCCUGCAGAAGAGAACUCUGGGGAAGGCUGGCGAGUUGCGACCAUUGUUACUGGAGUUCUACUGGGGGCUGCCCUGCUGCUAAUAGUGUUCGCUGGCUUAGCCUUUGCUCUGCGGAGGAGGUUGAAUUGCUCCAAUUCAUACAAACUCCGGAAAACUAACGACAACGGAGACCCCGUUCUAGUCAGCACUUUUGGGAACUAUAUUUGUCAGGAUGUGUAGCUCACAUUUUGUGUAUACAAAUUUCAGGGAUUGAGAUGUAUGAAGCCAUUGUUAAAAAAACGAUUUUGCUUUCAGGGCAGAAAAG